AUGACUGCAAAGCGUCUCGACAGAGAUUUCCCAUCUUCCGGCGAUCUCUCCGCCGCUAAACGCUGUAAAGAUGUCGACUUUGCCGCCGAAGAGACGGUGACACUAGAAGACGACUGUGGCGCGAUCAAUCUCCUUAGCCUUCUGCUACAAUGCGCCGAAUACGUCGCGACGGAUCAUCUCCGGGAUGCUUCGACCCUCUUGUCGGAAAUCUCCGAGAUAUGUUCUCCGUUCGGCUCCUCUCCGGAGCGAGUCGUCGCCUACUUCGCGCAGGCCCUACAGACUCGCGUCAUCAGCUCCUACCUCGCCGGCGCGUCUACACCACUCUCCGAGAGACCACUCACCGUUUACCAGUCCCAGAAGAUCUUCUCCGCCUUGCAGACGUUCAAUUCCGUGAGCCCUCUGAUCAAAUUCUCCCACUUUACGGCGAAUCAAGCAAUCUUCCAGGCGCUUGACGGCGAGGACUCCGUCCACAUCAUCGAUCUCGACGUGAUGCAAGGCCUCCAAUGGCCGGGACUCUUCCACAUCCUCGCUUCCCGUCCUCGAAAGCUCCGAUCCAUUAGAAUCACCGGAUUCGGCUCCUCCUCGGAUCUCCUCGCCUCCACUGGCCGGAGACUCGCCGAUUUCGCAGCGUCCUUAGCCCUCCCUUUCGAAUUUCAUCCAAUUCAAGGCAUAAUCGGAAACCUGAUCGAUCCGAGUCAACUCGGUACGAGACCCGGCGAGGCUGUGGUGGUCCACUGGAUGCAGCACCGGCUAUACGACGUCACCGGGAGCGACUCCGAUACGCUGGAGAUUCUACGGAGGCUGAAGCCGAAUCUGAUAACGGUGGUGGAGCAGGAAUUGAGCUACGACGAUGGAGGAAGCAGCUUUCUAGGGAGAUUCGUGGAGGCCUUGCAUUAUUACAGCGCCUUGUUCGACGCGCUCGGAGCCGGACUAGGGGAGGAGAGUGGAGAGAGAUUCACGGUGGAGCAGAUUGUGCUUGCGACGGAGAUAAGGAGCAUAGUGACGGGCGGAGGAAAGAAGAGGAGGAGGAGGUGGAAAGAGGAGUUGAGUAGGGUCGGGUUUAGACCCGUUUCACUUCGGGGCAACCCGGCGAUGCAAGCGGGUUUGUUGCUGGGUAUGUUGCCGUGGAACGGAUAUACGUUGGUUCAAGAUGAUGGAACCCUCCGGCUUGGCUGGAAGGAUCUCUCCCUUUUGACUGCUUCCGCCUGGCAAUCUCAGUCGUCUGAUUGA